AGCGGCGUGCACAGGUCGGUCGAUGGGAGCUCAGCGGCGUGGCUCUCGGCCUCCAUUUGCCAGUUUGUGUUUAUGUUCGAGGAAUUUACCGAGGCUCGUUUGGGCGACCGGGAAGACGCGCAACAGUUGGAGUCCCGCCGCGGACGUUAUCUUUCCACGGCGGCGGUGUGACACGAGGUGUGGGGGGGCGCUGGGAGGGGGGGCUUUUCACCAAACGGGCAACUUUUCCAACUCUGAGCGGCGGAGGGCGGCCUUCCUCCCUGCUGCUGCAGCGUGUGAGAAAGAAAGGGGCCCUAAGCAGUGUGAUCAUCAGUGAUGUCUGACUCCGACUCUGGGCAAGCAUCCAUGGAGGUCACCCAUAAAUUGCAGGAAGGGGAGAACAUCUCCAACCUGCCGGAUAUUCUGCCCAUAGACCGCCCUGCUUCAUCACCUCAGUCCUGCUUAACCAGACCAGGGCCUGAUCUUACCGGCCAAAUGGAAAGUAAAGCCAUCUCCAUGGCGAGCAAUGAAUGUAGCUCCGCUCGUUAUUCACCUGCUGAAGCAAGCCCAGCCAAGCCUGAUGUUGCACCUUCAUCUACUCUGGAAGAGCGUUUUGACCAAAGCCCUGCUACCUCACAGAUAGAAUCUGCAACAGACUCUCUAAAGAGCCCAGAACCCAGCUUGAUUUCCAUUUCUAAUUCUCCACCUUGGGUUUCUAUGUUGUCUUCUACCACCUUUGGCUGUUCAGACUCUGUGAAAGACUUUCCUGCUGUGUUGUCUUACAAAGGUGUCAGUGUCACGCUGGAGAAUAACGGCAUAUGGAGUCAGUUCAGCAAGCUAGGAACUGAGAUGAUCCUCACCAAACAGGGUCGUCGAAUGUUCCCUUACUGCCGGUACCGCAUUUCUGGUCUAGACCCUGAUCGGAUGUACAGUCUUGUCCUGUCGAUUGUUCCAUCUGCUCAGUACAGGUAUCGGUGGAACGCAUCUAAAUGGGAGGUCCACGGGCCGACAGAGCACCAACCCCAGAGGCUGAUCCGGGCCUUUCCUCACCAUUACUCCCCCUGUCUGGGCUCAGAGUGGAUGAACUGCCUGGUGUCGUUCUAUAAACUCAAGCUGACUAAUUGCUUCCAAGACCAAGAUGAUCAUAUGAUCCUGCACUCCAUGCAUCGCUACAUUCCCAGGCUUCACGUUAUUCCAAUUCUCGACGGGGAGCCCCCCUCAGCAGACAGACCUAUGGUGAUGGGACCUGAGAGCAUCACCUUCACAUUCCCCCAGACUGAAUUCAUGGCCGUGACAACCUAUCAAAACUUCAGAAUCACCCAGCUGAAAAUCAAUCACAACCCAUUUGCCAAGGGUUUCAGGGAGGACGGGAACAACCCCCGUCUUAACAGAGUACUUCCACCCGCUGCAAGGACAGAAACCAGAACUGAGGUUCUGACACUUGCUGAGCCCAUCUACCAGCCACAGGAGGUGACAGAUUUGAGCGCAAAAAGUCAAGGUCCCUCAGCUCCAUCUACAAAUGCACAAGAAACGAGACUGGUGCUGAAGCCUAUUAUGUCCAAAACAUCUGGUAAUGGGGACAGAUACGUUCCUUGUAUGAGGGGCAAACACGCACUGGGUGAUAUUCUGCUCAUCCAGAACCAGUCCGACGUUGAACCUAAGAAAGGAGGCCCCAUUGACACCAUCACGGAGAACUCAGGAUCCAUGAUUCCCCCUAAAUCAAGAUCCAACAAUUGUAGUUCCUCAAAGGCAGCCCCAGGAACCUCAACUCGGUUUUACAGGAGGAGGACGAUGAAGAAACGUAGGAAUCUGCACCUUAAAAGAUCUUGGAAACUUGCGGCUAUCACUCCCAAAGAAACCAACAGCCAAUCGUUGAAAGUUGCCAUGGAGCCAGAGCUGGAUGACAUCGAAGGCCUGCUGUUUGUGUCGUUCACCUCUAAGGAAGCACUUGAGGUUCACUUCAAAGACAAGUUUGUAGACGACUCUUCAUCCGAACCUCCUGUCACCUUACCUGAACCGAUGGAGACCAAGCAGUCUGAAGUCUUCUGUGACGGCUCGUUGGAGGAAACUCAAGAAACUGUGGAGGAGAAAACUGCUCGACUGGCGUCUCUCCUUCUGGAGGACCUGAGCAAACUCAAACAGAGACAAGUCAUCCAUCCAGUGCUGCAAGAGGUGGGCUUAAAGUUAAGCUCCUUAGACCCAACCUCGCCUGUUGACUUGAAGUAUCUGGGUGUUUGUCUUCCACAACCUCCUUCAAGCCUGCACAGCCAGGGUAGCGCAGCAGCUAAAUCUCCUGCUGAUGAGGAGUUACCCUUUAUCUCCAGAACAGGAAAAACAAGGGAUGUAACCAAAAUAAAGGGAUGGCGGAACAAGUUCACGAAAAACCCAGAAACACCCACUUCUAAUAGUGAAGGAUUACCAAAGAACCUGUCUGCCUUCUGCAGCAACAUGUUGGAUGAGUACUUGGAGAGCGAAGCUCAACAAAUCAGUGAACGGGCUGCUGCCUUCUCCACACUACCAGAGGAUGCUGUGUCCUAUCAGCUGCCUGAGAAGGGCUCCAGUUAUGUGAAAACUCUGGACAGCGCACUCAAGCACCGAAAUGCUUCAUCCAAUGCAUCUGUUGGGACCAACAAACCUUGUCCUCUUUCUCGCAAAACUUUACCUAACUCUUCUCCGGCGGCUAACCCUGAUUCUGAGACCACCCCUAAAGCUUCAGAUCCAGAAGGUUCUGCUGGCCGUAGUUACGCUAAUGGCAAUUCACAAAGAUUGCCAAUCAGCCAGCCAGGAGCCACUCAGAGGCCCAUGUUGGGCUUCAGUCCGAGCCAGGGCCCUUCACACAAGACUGCAGGCUUUUCAAGGUUCCAGCUCAAACUGAUGGAAAUGGAAACCGCUGCGUUGAACCAGAACCUAAGCAAAACACAUCUUACUCCGGAAAGACUUUCUUCAGCUCUGUCUGUGAUAAUGAGUAAAGAGAGCAUGCCUUCUGAGAUCCCAUUUCAAGAUGUUACUGUUGGACCUCGUUGUGGUCAGGAGUUCUGCAGACUGGGCUGUGUGUGUCAUAGCCUGCAACAGCACAGCGCAGUCUCCAACCACUGCAGACAGCCUGACUGCAUGUUUGCCUGUAGCUGCUCCAAAUAUAUGGAACAAUGGGCCCAGCCUCACUUUGUUGGUAAACUGUGGAACCGCAGCGUUCUAGAUGAGGAUCUAGAGCCGCUUUACACUCCAAAAACUGCACGGAAGGUCCAGAAAACCUGGACUUAUUGUCCUGCACCCCCGAUACGCGAGGAGGAUAAAGAUCCCGUCUACAAGUAUCUGGAGAGCAAGAUGACGUGUGCCCGCGUCAGGGAGUAUAACAGCCUGCCACCACCCGUCAUGACCUUGCACACUGCACUCUCACAACUGGACAACGCAACGCAGAAUGCUGAUAAACAGGAGAGCAUUGUUGAAGCCACAGAUCCAAAACCAGAAACACCUCUGGAUACCACAGCUGUAGCAAGGAAAGUCAAAAAGCAAAUCCAGAUCCAAUCAUUGUGUCAGUGGAAGAAGGAUGGGAAAAUGGUGCUGAAGGGUCUGUGUGAACGCCUGAACCAGGACCGGCUCCACCAGCGUUUCUGCAUCGGACCUUACUGCGUCCGCCCUGUGUCCAGACUUGUCUUAAAGAAACCCAACGUCACCUUGAUCACCUACAGGAUGCAAAUCAGUAAAGCAAAAAAAGGGAGCAGCUGUAAGGAGGAAUCUGUUGAAGGUGAGAAGUGUGACGACGGACGCGUCGAUGGACAUGCUAAGGAAGAAGUAGCAGAGGAACGACUAAAUGGAACGACUCCCACUGGGAGGCUGAGAGCCCAGAAAAAACCCUCAGGCUGUAAAGCCUCUGGACUCAUCCAGGUCAAUGAUAAAUACUACAAUCACGCUACGGUGCUGCUGGGUAGAAUGGGCUCUCUGCAUCCAGCUAACCGCCUGGCAGCCCUCGUCACAGGCAGACUGCAAGUGGAUAAAAAGCCUGAGAAGAAACUGUCCAAGAACACAGCCAACACACCGCAACCACUGCAUCUAAAGGCUGCAAACGCCUUUAUCCCUCUGGCUAUGGACCAGAAGACAAUACAGCAUCCAAAAGCUGAUUUACUCAAACCAAACUCUUUAAGUAACAUUCCAAACAACAUGGCGCAAGAUUCACAGAAGUCCCAGUGCCUAAGCCCCUCUGCCCAGCUGUUCAUCCCAGUCCAGCCAAACAUCCACAGCAGCUCUACGUCCUCACCCGUCUCGCUCACAGUCUCUCCGUCUCUGAAAAGCCCCAGCUUCCUGGCUGAGAGCGGGACAUACUCAUUCAGAAUCUGCCCUCCAUCCACCCAGGCCGGUGGAGGCCAGCAGCCGCCCGGUGUAGCCCUGCCGGGAGGCUUCACCCUCAUCCAGCUUCCAAAACCCGGAGCUGAAGGAGCCACAGAACAAGCGAGGUCGGCGAACUCUGCAAGCAACGAUUCAUCCGAGAACAAAGGCAGAGCUCCUAAUCUAAACCAGCUGAUGGAGUGUGUUGGUUUUGACACCUUCAGCAAAGUCCGGAACUUACUAAGCAGCAACGUGCUCGAUGCUGACCCCUCCUCUGGUCGGCCUUCUGAGAAGAUGGAGUCAGAGGGGAACAGUGAGGAAGAUGAGCUGCUGCAGACGGACAGUCAGUACUUUGAUAUGUCCCCAGAAGAAUUAAGCUCCUCCGACUUUUCAGACGAUGAUGAAUAUGAAGAAGAGAAUGAGAUGGUGGACAUUGAAACUGUAGAUGGAAAACAAGUAGAGUCCAUUUCUAAACUACAGGAGCAGGCUUCUGUGGGAUUACAUCAGUCGAGGGAUUCUGCAGAUGGUUACACACAUGUGAAGGAGCUCAAUGAACCGGCUGAGAUGAAUGCUGAGCACCAAAACACGAGGGUACGCAGGACCCACUCGAUUUUGGAGAAGCAGAGACGAUGUGAACAGCGAGUCCUGUUCGACAGACUGCAGAGUCUUCUGAAGCUGGAUCACCGAUCCUCCAGGCUUCAUGUGCUUGAAGUGGCUCUGAAAGAAAUUAAAAACCUGCUCAAGGCGUCCAGGUGUCUUGAGACGGAGAGACGGAGGCUCACUCGGGACCAGUCUGUCCUGUUAAAGAGGCUCUCUGUGUUGGCUGGGAAGCCCGAGAACCUGAUUCAGAAAAAGCUGAAGGAGAUCUUUGAGCGGCAGAAACAGCGCGAGAGGAAUAUGAAAUGGAAGCCUUUCUUUUCUCAUCUGCUGCAGAGCAAAGCUGCUCUUCUUCAAGCCACUGCUUCUUCUCCUGAUUCCGAGUCGUCCUCUCCUCCGCAGCAUGACCUCAGCCCCGAGGUUCAAACCAACCAGUCGGACACUGCAAAAAAAACCUUUCAGAUGUUACUCUCUAUGUUUCAUUCUUCAAAAAAGAUGGAAAAGACCCCAGAGCAGCUGGCUGGGGACAAACGUUUGCAAUCUCAACCUAAAGUCUUGCAGACUGGGGUUCAGCGGAAAAAACCCGGAGCUUCAAAACAUCCACCUUCACAGCUAGAUGGGAACCAGAAAUCUUCUGGAAACUCGGGGCAGAGCACUGGGGCUGCUUCUGGAACAACGGACCAACAGUUGUUGGAUACAAACAAUCCUGGAUCAUCAGGAGUUGUAAAAAGAACCAUAGUCGUCCCUUCAAGGCCGUUUGCAGUUCCUCUGAUUCGAUCUAAAACUGGCAGACUCAUACUCCCCUCCUCCCUGAAACCACUGGGGAAUGGUGGUUACACUCUGAUGCUGAUGCGGUCCAAGAGGGCGAUACCGGCGUACCAGCCCAGCUCUUCAGCGACUGCAGAACCUUUGAGACCGAACCCUUCCAAGAGAUCAGAGAACUCCACCUCUUCUUCUAAGCAGCCUCAGGAAGCCAGAAGUGUGACGAUGGACGAAUCUGAACCUUCGGAUUCCCUUCCAAAGAGUUCAGGUGUUACACCUUUAGUCAACCUACUAGGCCCUCAGGAGAACCAAGAAGGGUCCCUUCCCUUCCUGAUAAAUGCUUCAACGGUUGGCCUGUGUUUGAAACCUGUAGGUCAGGUUCCUCCUGCUACUGAACCACAGCAGAAUUCCAGCCCUCUGUUUGUCAGCUUCCAAAGCGGCGGCCCUUCGGAUAGCCAGACUGACAUAGAACAGACCAGGGUGAGUGCCGCUGGGAUACAGCAGGUAUCCGAGCUGGAACAAAACGCUUUCACUGUGAAGGACAUUAGAAACGGGGUACUGGACGCCUCAGGAGAGCCGAGGGGAGUCGGAGACAAACCCGUCCUGGUCAAACGAGGCAGAGGACGACCUAGUGGGAAGAAAACAGCACAAGGUCGAGCUUUGGCUGUAAAGCGAGCACGAAGUCCAGACUCCCUCGUCAAAUUUUCUAUCUCCAGUUCAACAAACUCACAAGGGGCCGCGUUAACCUCCAGGCCGUUAACACGUGGCUCUCUGGGAAAGGACUUCCCCAGCGAAAAGAAACGCUCCUGGAAAGAUUUGGAAAAGGAACUGGAACCAGAACUGGAACCGGAGCUGGAGUUUAUGUAGUUUCAGGGUUUAAAUGGACCUUCUCAGUUUGGUGCCUCGCAGCUCUCUGUUCAAACCGGAAGUUUGCCUCCUUCUGUUGUUAACUGGUGUCAGCAUUAAAUAAAAGUUUCACCACGCGUGCCUGUUUAAAUAAUGAAUAAAUAAACCAUCAGGGCCUUUCUUUGCCACUAUACACUGCUGCUGCUGCUGUCUUUCGAUGUUUUUUUAGAUACGGUCAUGAACUGCUAUCAAACUGUAGAGUAGAGCUGAACACCAAGAAAAUUACUGACCUGCUGAAUGUAGAAGCAAAGUGUCAGCUUUACAUCAGAACGCUUUCUAAGAUAAAAUUAUUGUGACUUAACCCUUUUUUUUUAUGGAUUACUAACUUAAUUAUGCUUUACAUAAACUUGUCUGUUAGGGUUUUCAGAGUGUUCUAAACUUCAGAAGGGACAGUACUACCCAACUAUUUUUAUCGUCACAAGAAAAUAUUUUUUUAGUUGCACUUUAUGUUUCCUGUAGAACUAAAACAAUAAGAUGUUUAUUUCUCUAUUCUGUAUGAAUUUAAUCUGUUAGAAAUAGCCUCUGUGAAUAUUUUGUUCACUUUUGUUGUUUUUUUAAUGGAAAACUUUGGUUAUGCUUAUUUUGAAACACUGGUUGUUAAUUUGAUUAA